UAAAAACAAAAACUUUAUUGAUUAAAAUAAAGUUUAAAUAAGAGAUGUUAUUUUUUAUUUUAAGAAUCUAGUAAAACUCGAAUAAAUCAAUUAAAUAUAUUUUUAUUUUAAUUGUGUACAAAUUAAAGUGUUUCGUCGACAAACAAGAUUAUCAAGAUGGUUUUGUAUUGGUUCACGGCACUCGCAUUUUUAAUGCACUCUACUGCAGGAUUAGAGACAAAAAUGUUUCCAUUUACAAUGCCAAAUGUUCGUCCUUAUCGUCCUGAGUUGUACCUGUGUACACCAGUCAAAGUUGAUUACACGAGGAAUUAUUAUAUAGUUGCUUUUGAACCAAACGCAACGAUGAACACGGCUCAUCACAUGCUUCUUUAUGGUUGUGGCGAACCUGGUAGUACAACAAAGCCAAUCUGGAAUUGUGGAGAAAUGACACAUGGUGAAAGUGAUGAGGAUUCAGGUAGCCCUUGUGCUGGUGGAUCACAUUCUCAGAUUAUAUAUGCAUGGGCUCGUGACGCACCACGUCUAGAUCUUCCUCAAGAUGUUGGAUUUAAAGUUGGCAAAAAUUCCCCAAUCAAGUAUUUAGUUCUUCAGGUUCAUUAUGGUCAUAUUGAGCACUUCAAAGAUGGAAGUACUGACGACUCAGGUGUAUUUAUUCAUUAUACAACACAGCCAAUGAACAAGCUAGCAGGUGUUCUCUUACUUGGAACAAGUGGCUUAAUUCCACCAAUGAAGAAGGAAUAUAUGGAGACAGCAUGUGAAAUCACUGAGAAAAAGACGAUUUAUCCAUUUGCGUAUCGAACUCACACACAUAAUUUAGGAAAAGUAGUAUCUGGAUAUCGUGUGAGGACCGAUGAUGAAGGAAAUGACCACUGGACAUUGCUUGGAAAACGAAAUCCACUUACUCCUCAAAUGUUCUAUCCAGUCUCGAAUUAUGAACCAAUUAAAACUGGCGAUCGAGUUGCUGCACGUUGUACGAUGGUUAGUGAACGACAGAGGGUAACGAAAAUUGGAGCAACAAACGAAGACGAAAUGUGUAAUUUCUAUUUAAUGUAUUACGUGGAUAAUGAGGAGCCUCUCGACAUGAAAUAUUGCUUCACAGCCGGUCCUCCAUAUUUCUAUUGGAAAAAUCCCGAAGUACAUCUCAAUCACAUCCCUGACGACGAAGCAAGUCAAUUAUAAACUUUUUAAAAUGACAACAUUAAACGUGUAAAUGACAGCAUCACAUUCCAUCACAAGAAUAAUUUUAUUGAAUAAGAAGAAGAGGAAAGAAAAAAUUAUUAUAUUAAUUUUCUUUUUCAGUUCCUAUGAAACUUUUCGUUGGCUUUAUUGAUCCUUUAAAAAUAAAAUCAUAUCAAGAUGACGAACAAAUUUUAUGAAAAGACACAUGGAGGGUAGCUCGUGAUAACAAAAAAAUAGUAAUAAUCUCAGAUAUAAUUCAAAAUGAGAAACUUUAUAUCGAAUGUUAGUGGAAUCU